AUGUCAAAUCUGCGGCGUUCACAGCGCGUUUCCUCGAGGCCACCCGUAUCCUACAAGGAUCACGACUCCUCGUCAGACGACAACAAGUUACCGCCAAUCGCAGAACCCAUUGACCCCUCGUACCGCGCAUCAAGAAAGAGGUCUAGGACUUCAAUCUCAUCAGAGCGCAUCGCAUCGGAAGAACCGUCUUCCAUCGCAUCGCCGGCUGCAGUCGCUCGGACGACAUCACAGCCACCGUCUUCUCCCGCUAUCUCUGGAAGCUUUCCAGAUUCGGAAGUACGACAACAUUCAGAGGAACUCAGAUUCCCUCUAUCCCCAGGAUCACUUGCACGUAUCCUCCAGUCGACAAACUUCACGGGCCAAGGUCGCAGCGAUCAAACGCCCUCAACACGUGAACAAACUAUGUUGGUAACCAUGACUAUGGAUGCAGGACUAAAGGUGAGAAUCUAUGAAUGGCGAAAAUUAAAGCUGUUCUUGUUUACGGGUUCGUCUGAUCAAACUGCCAAUGUUGGGGCUGCCGCUUGA